UUAUUACUGUAGUGUUUCUAGUUAAUAAAAAGUAUUAAGCACAUUAUUGUCCUAGCAACAUUAGUCAGCAGCUGUCAACUGAAUCUGAACUUGACAGAGUUGAGCUGUCAGUCAGUGUUGAUGUUGACAGUCAUCCCAAUUUGGUUGGUUGGGUGUCAUAGCGCGCGCGUACGCAGGCCGCAACACACUCACAUGCUUCAUAUUUUUCAGUGACCUCUAUUAUUAUAAUAAAAUAAGGGUGACAGCUGGUAACUACAGUUACCAAAAGCAAGUUAGUGGAUAGAUUCAAAAUUUACUGAAACAGUGCACGUAUAGUAAGACUGGAUCCAGUAGUGCCUUGGAUACUGUUGUUUGCUUUUUCAGACUAUUCCUUUCAGUUCAAAAGGGUGAACUGUAGAGCACAUUGCACAUAAUAUGGCUGAACCACUUAACCGAGAUAUGGAGUGUGAAAAUGGACCACAUAAUGCAGUAGCAAUACAAGAAGGUUUAAGCUCAGUAGAAGAGCAGGUGAACCAGAAUAGCAAUCAGAAGGAAGGUAGUGCCGUGUCACUCACAGUACCUAAUAAAGAUUUAAGUGAAGACCGAAGCCUGCUGAUGCAAAUGGAGAUUGCCCCUGGAGAGUUGGAAUAUGGGCAGGGGCUUCUUGGUUUUUCAUCCCCAUCACCAUUGGUGCUGGCACCACUAGCAACCCCUGGAAACCUGCAGGUCAUUAGAAGCACCAGGUUCAUGGACAAUUUAGGAAAAGAAAUAAAGCUGUACCGCACUCGCGGCCUGCAGCGAGGGGUUCUGGUUUUGUUCAGUUACUCAAAUUUCACGACAGGGGAGAACUUCAGGGACAUCGCUAGCGACAACGAAAUGUUGACGGAUCUGUUCAGGCAGAUCGGCUUCAAGCUCAUCCUGCGCUUCGAGAACCAGACUAAACGGGUAAGCGGGCGUAACUACGCUACAACCGCGGUUUUAACUCCUCCCUACCCUGCCUGGAUAUUCACGGAUCUGUUCAGGCAGAUCGGCUUCAAGCUCAUCCUGCCCUACGAGACGAGACUAAUCGGGCAGAUCGGCUUCAAGCUCAUCCUGCGCUUCGAGAACCAGACUAAACGGCCCCCCGACCGAAGAACACUUCAGAACAUUGCUAGCGACAACGUGAUAUUUACGGAUCUGUUUACGCAAAUCGGCGCCAAGCUCAUCCUGCCCUACGAGACAAGACUAAUCAGGGACAUGGGGGACAACAAGAUGUUGACGGAUCUGUUCAGGCAGAUCGGCUUCAAGCUCAUCCUGCGCUAUGAAAACAAAACUAAACUAAGGGGGUAA